AUUUUCCUUUCUUUUUUUAUUACUUUUUCAGACAUUGUUACACACAAAGGUAAAGAAUUCAUUCUUAGCUUUAUCGCUCAGCAUCCCCAGCCAUCAGAUAAAGAUAACCCAGGGAAGAACACGCUUUACAUCACGACCCUCGAAAACACCAAAGUCAACGUUCACGUUCCUUCUCUAAUCCAACAAGGGGAUCAGCAGUUCUCUGUGAGCGCUCUGGGCGUUAAAGUGGUCACUUUACCAGGAAAAACACGUUUUGGUGAAUUCACUGGAAAGGACACAAAGGGUAUUCGUAUCACAGCAAAUAAACCGAUAUCUGUUUAUGGAUAUGGAUGGAUUAUCCUAGGGUCGCGGCACGUUGGUGAAGGCUUCCUUGGGUUACCUGUGGAUUUACUCGGAAAGGAAUACAUUGUCCCAACGUACUCUCCUGUAGGAAGCUCUAUUGUGCAGGUUGUAGCUCAAGAAGACAAUACCCAGGUGUCUUUUAUGUUGCGCCUACCGAGGGGUGGAAGAGUUGUUUAUGGAGGUAGAUAUUUGUCUAGUGGAGACCUUAUUAACACGACUCUAAAUGAUCUGGAAGUGUUUCAAGUUCAGGGCGAUAGUGAUCUCAGUGGAACAGUCGUGACAUCAUCCAGACCUGUUGCUGUGUUUUCUGGGGAUGACUGUACUAUGGUACCAGCUAACACAUACCCGUGUAAUCACCUUGUAGAGCAAAUCCCUCCGGUAAGCGUUUGGGGUAAGGAGUUUAUUACCAACCCUACCCCUGAUAAUCUUGGUGGAGAUGAAUUUCAUAUCAUUGCAUCAAAAGAUAACACAGACGUUAACGUGGACUGGCAGAGAAAAGGGACGCUUAACAAGGGGGAUAAAUACAAGAUUUCUAUACCUUGGAAUAAGACUUCGGUGAUAACCACGUCUAAUCCUAGUCUUGUUGUGCAAUACACCAGCGGUACUCACAGCCGGCCAUCAAUGAGUAUUAUGCCUCCGAAACAGUGGGCCUGGAAUGACUACUCUUUUUACGUUCCAAGCGAUGGCGUCUUCUUCAUAAAUGUUAACAUUGACACAAGUUCAGUCGUUGGUCUACGUGUGAAGGGCCCAUUGUGCAGCCGUGUGCCUUCAAAAUGGAAGACUCUUCCAGGAGGACAGAUAUCUCAAGGUGUGCUUUAUUUAAGAAAAAGUCGACUUUACCAUAUUUAUCAUGACAACCCCCUUACAAGCUUUACAGCCGUUGUGUAUGGAAUUACUUUUCAAAAGAUGUUUUCAUUUCCAGCUGGCUUAAGGUGGGAGUUACCCACUGACUCGAGUUGUUUACAAACACCGACUCAAGGAGGAGAUAAAAUUGAUAAUGACUGCGAUGGUAGAACUGAUGAAGAAUUAGGCAAUGGCAAGGACGAUGACAAUGAUGGUCGAAUUGACGAAGACCUGGUCUUAACACCUCCGAAUAUUACAUUUCCCAAGAACUAUGUUUCCCCAGCACUGUUGUCAUGCGAUCUAUCCUCAGAUACAGCGGAUCCAGAAAAAGAGGGGUUUUCCCCAAAGGUGGAUCUUUAUUCGACUCAAGGACUUUGUUUAGUACGUGGAAAUACCACCAAUUACCAUCAAGACUUCGCUGUAGGUGGCUUUGAUCCAUGCUAUCGUAAAUUUGACCGUGUGUGGACUUUUCAAGACGCGUGUGGUGGUAAUGAAAUUAAGCAUACACAACAUAUAAAGAUCAGUACCCUGAGCGAUCCAAUACUCUCCUUUCCAUCCGAUGUAACCCUCUUCUGUCGAGACGAUAUGUACCUUCAACCUCUAUUUACAGGUGAAGUUUCAACCAGGAGACCAUCUCCUAAGACGUGCAACAUUAGCAGGAACGUCAGUAUCACUCACAAAGAUACCUAUUAUGGUGAAUGUUCCAGUAAAGAGGCAAGGCUAGAGCGAGUAUGGACUGUGGAAGAUAGGUGUCGCAGCGACAUUGUGAAAACUCAAAUAAUCAAGUUGGUACCUAAAGGUUAGUUCCAAGGUGUAGGAAAAAGGACAGUUAAGCAAUGACGCGCCCAAUCAAUAAGCUCAUCAACCUCCGGUGAAUUAAGGAAUGGGGCACUGCAAAUUUGGAGGGGGGUGGUCUGUUUUAGUGGGGAUUUUACCUUUCGCAUUAAUGUUUUAAAUUCAAUAUCUACUCCCCUUAAGCAUUCAUUUUUCAUUAUUACUAAUGUAUUAUCUGUGUCACGUGACUUGUCACACCCAUUUUUGACUUUUUAUUUCAAUCCAAAUUUACACCACUUUAUAAAUAACACUUGUAAUUUAAUUCACUUUUUGUCAAUGACUAUUGACACAAAGUUUGUGGAAUUAAUCGGGGUUUUCUUAAAUUAUCUACGUUUUGUAAACUAUAACGUUUCUUGUUAAGAGGGAGACUGGGACGAGAGAAAAAUAUCUAAUAAUUACAAAGGAAUGGAUCAUUUCACAAAUCCCCGAUUAAUUUAGCUUAUUUGACUGUAAAUGAAAUAUUAUGGAAGGAAAAACGAUUGUGGUCACAUUCAGUAAACUGGUGUAAUCUGCAAAGUCCAAAUUUUGCAUAAUUAUGGGCGUGGCUGGUCACGUGAUCUAAAAAAAGGGAGUGUUAAAGGUCCAAAGUGGUUCUGGUCUUAAACACAGCGGUCUAAGAUUAAAAUAAAGGAAGAUACUGGAAAAAAAAAGACCAAGUCAUAAAACCCCACAUGUAACGAGGACCCAUUCCUUAAUUCACCGGAGACUGUUAAUUCUAAAUCUAACUCACAUGACUUAAACGAGAAUCAUUGUGGUACCUACCCUGUGCACCAGAAUAAGCUCAUCAAUUGGUAAUUCUAAAUCUAACUCACAUGACUUAAAAGAGAAUCAUUGUGGUGCCUGGCCUGUGCACCAGAGGUUUUUUCUCGCUUGUGGAAUAAUAUGCCAGUUACGCGGGGGCCGCAGACUGAUACAUUGACCGAAGCAACGAGCGACGAAUCUUAAGUUUCGCGAGCGCGUCACUGUAAAGACUUUGAACUGAAUUGGAAAACUCCGAAAUUUUUCUGGCACCCAUGGUUUGUGGCAUCAAGAACUAACUGAAACGAUUUUAUGGUUCAACAGAAAAGAAGUGCGAUUUACUAUUUCCAGGAAAGUGAUUUCUUCUCAGAAGCAGUUGCUAUGGAGUAUUAAAGAAUACUGAGACAACACUGUAUAAGUUGUCAGAAAACAACGUAAUUUUAAUAAGGCUGUUAUUUCUAAAUUGUUUGCCUUUUCUUGCAGGAUCAAAAAGGACUGCAAACUAUGUGACGAAAUUCAGUGUAACUAGCGUUAAAUUUUCGGCUGAACUUGGAGAUGAAACAUCACCAUCCUUUAAAGAAAUUGCUACUUCUCUAGAAAACAAGGUAGAUAGGCCUGAAUGUUAUGUCAGGUCGUGUAAUUCUUUUUGGUACCACCACUACGCACCUUGCCCUGGCCGUCAAUAAAUCCCCUGCGGUUUAUAUUUUGUCACCUGCGCUCGACGGACUUUGAAGAGAAAAUAGAGGGUCUGUGAAGAGGCUACGCCCAGGCCUCAACGUAACGUAAAGCAAUGUUUACAUAAUAAAUCCGAUAGUCAUGGGUUUCCAGAUGUAAAUUUGUUUGAUUUUAAUGUCUCUCCUGGUCGAUUAUGGUAACGUUUUGUGUUCACUCGCGAACGAGUUCAAGUAAAACACAAAUGCUUUUUCUAAAGAAGGAUAUAUUACAGGAAUAUUGCCUGUUUUGAAAUACAUUUGACCUUUGUGGCCUUUCGUCAUUUAAUUUGCUUGUCAUUCGUAAACAAUAGGUUAAACAAUAUGACUAUUAUGACGACCAAUCAGAGCUCCUGACCCGAUUCCGGACAGAUUUUACGUCAUCAGUAUGGAAUUUCUGUCGCCAUGCACUAUAAUUGUGCAUUGAGCACUGUUUACUAUGCUAUGUUUUGCUAUCCCAUACUGUACUUAUUGAAUAUUCCACUUUUCUUUGCUCGGCUCUGCCAGCCUUGUUUUUAAAAGCCACAAGGAGGGACCCUUGGUUGAAAAAUUCCCAGCUCCUCGGAAUAACCGCCGACCAGGCAGAGACUGUAACGCAGUCCAAGAAUAAGGUCAUGUAUCUGAUCCACUAGUGACGUAAUAUUCGUAUAGAAUUUAUUUUGAGUACAAUGAGGAUGAUGAUGAGGAUGAUGAUUAUGAUAAUGCUGUACUACCUUAUUCUAUGCGAUAUACUGUGUCGAGUCAUGUUAUGCUAUGCAAGGCUAGACGAUGGUAGUUAUCUUAUUAACCUUGCAGUGAAUGUUUCUGUUUAUAUUCUCUUUUCAUUCUUUGUAGAUGGAGAAGGCACUACAGUAUUCAAAAUUAGGCAAUUUUUUCGUAGAAGCAAAAGUUAUAAAAUUUAGGUAGGUUUGGAGGAACUCACUAAUUAUAUCGACCGAAUUAUAGGUCACGCUUAAAGGGGGUCACGUGCCAUGUAGCUCAGUGGUGAUCAUGAUAAUGAUGAUGAUGUUGACGAUGAGACGAUGACGACAAAGAGGUGUCAUGGGUAGCAGUUCUACCAAAAGUUUCCUUUGUAUAGUAAAUGCCUCCCAUGCAACUAAUAUGUAUUUAAUUAUUUUAUUUUUUAUUCUGUAGUAAAGGCAGCCUUAUCACCAGCAUGCUCAUUAAAGUAGACAUGCAGGCGCAAUUCGAUCAGCAGAGCCUUUUUGACAUCAUGAAUGACACUCUGGGCGAUGGAACAUUGGGACAAUAUCAAGUGGAUCCAAGGUCAAUUGCUUUAAAAGGUGAAUUCUCCCUAAUUAGCCUUUUUUUACGUUCAGGAGGCAGCAUGGCCGGGUGGUUAGAGCGCUGGACUUGCAAUUCAGUUCAAGUCCCGCUGUGACCGCUAGCUGGAUUUGUUCAGGGUAAUCCCGAGUUCAAAUCCACGCCCAUUCUUCUAAAUAACCAUCUUGUUUGCCUCAGGCCAAGUUGGGAUUCUUAACCCUGUUACAUUUGAAUUAGAUUAUUUGUUUCAGGCAUUUGCUCGGCUCCACUGAGCGAUUAGUGCUGUAAAUACUGCCGAGGGUGAAUAAUUAUUAUUAUUAUUAUUAUUAUUAUUAUUAUUAUUAUUAUUAUUAUUAUUAUUAUCAUCAUCAUCGUCGUCGUCAUCAUCAUCAUCAUCAUCAUCAUCAUCAUCAUCAUUAUCAUUUUUUGACCGAGAGGGAAAGUAUAUUUAACAAUUAUUCCUCGAGCCCGAAUGGGCUCUGAGUCAAUAGCCCAAGUAGUUGGUUAAAAAUAUCGCGAAUAAAAAAAAAUAGCUAGUUAAAGCUAGAUUUUACUCCUUUUUGCCGUCAAAAAGCCACGCUUUUCGCUACUAGUGGACUAUAACAUAUAGCCUAGUAGUAGCUCAACCAAUCAGAACACAGCAUUGAUAAUAGACCACUGGUUGGAUUUUACUAACAGAUGAUAUCACGUCCUCUUUCCACUAUACUCUAUAUCGCAUCUUAGCUUCUACCGUUAUUUUUGACACGCUUAACCAACAUUUGUCAUUUCAUACAAAAACAGACUUUGAUGAAUGUAAAGAUCAGGACCUGAAUAAAUGUCACGAGAAAGCAAAAUGUACCAACACCGAGGGUUCGUACAAUUGCACCUGUAUCGAUGGUUACGUUGGAGAUGGCUUUCUUUGUCAAGGUAAUGGUUGCAUUUUUGUUGUCUACUUUAUAACUAUCUAUAUGAUGGUAAAUUUAGUCGUUUUUUCAGAGCUCGACAAAACUUUUCUUACUUUUCCCUCCAGCUCCACCCUCCAUUUACUACGCUGAUCCACCAAAAGUGUCUGUUACCAAAAAAACCGUGAAACUUACGUGCAAUGCAAGUGGUUUGCCUGAGCCGACGUUUUCGUGGAUAACACCUGACGGAACCCUGGUAAAUUCCACGGUAUCAGCUCCGAAUUUAGAACACCUUGAAGACAAUAGUAGAGUUAUAAGAGGGAAUAUGCUCCAGAACGAUGGUUCCCUCUUGAUUUUCUACACCCGUGUGGCCGACCAAGGCAUGUACAAGUGUAUCGCGACUAAUAUCCUGGGACAUGAUGUAGGGAAGGUUAAUCUUACAGUGAGAGAAGGUGAGAUAUCCCUUCGGCUGGAGUCGUUG